AUGCCGCUUGUCCAGACCGCGUCAGGCAAAACUAUAAAGCAGUGCACUCCACAAGACACUAAAAUCCUAACACUCCCAUCUCAAGCUCAACCUGAUCUCACACUCCACAGACCACCGUCCACCGUACGAAGCUCAUCAAGCCAGCACCGACCACCUUCAGCGAUGGACAUGACCGGCUCGGACCAGCAAUGGAGCUCCUCUUCCUCGCCGUCGUCGACCUCCUCGCACCCGAAGCGCCCCGCCGGGCGCACCAAGUUCAAGGAGACGCGCCACCCGGUGUACCGCGGCGUGCGGCGCCGGGGCAACGCCGGCCGCUGGGUGUGCGAGGUGCGCGUCCCCGGGCAGCGCGGCGAGCGGCUCUGGCUCGGAACGUACCUCACAGCCGACGCGGCCGCGCGUGCGCACGACGCCGCCAUGCUCGGCCUGCUCGGUCGCUCCGCCGCGUGCCUCAAUUUCGCCGACUCCGCUUGGCUCCUUGCCGUGCCGCCCGCGCUCGCCGACCUCGCGGCCGUCAGGCGCGCGGCCCUCGCCGCCGUGGCGGACUUCCAGCGCCGGCAUGCCUCCAACAGCGCAGCCACCGUCCCCGCUGAUGAGGAGACCUCCGGCGCGUCCGCUCUGUCGUCUGCGGACAAUGCGAGCGGUUCGUCAGCGACGUCGCAACCUUGGGCCGAGGGAACGUUCGAGGUGCCGUCCGCGCUGGGCAGCGACAUGUUCGAGCUGGACUUGUCCGGGGAGAUGGACCUGGGCACGUACUACGCGGACCUCGCGGACGGGCUGCUCCUGGAGCCGCCGCCGUCGCUGGACAGCGGGGCGUGCUGGGACACCGGAGACGGCGGAGCUGACUCCGGGCUCUGGAGCUACUGAACCAGCUGGAGCUGCUGAACCAGCUGCUUUGACUCUAUCGCAGUUGAUUCCAGCAUAAUAAAAUCUGCGGAAUCUGUAAACGCACAAAAAAAUUGCCAAAAAAAGCAUGAAAUUCUUUGGUAUACAUGCAAUCAGAUGCGGUUCUGAAGCAUCAGAAAGGACAAAAAAAAAGACACGUGAAAAAAAGACAUGAUUUGCUGGAUGAAUAGUCGUGGUGGUCCCGGACAAACGGCAACAAUAUUCGAAAGGAGGGUACUAUCACUUCAUGUGUGAAUGACUAUAACUGGCAACCAGACGAGGAAGAAAGAUCAACGCUUGCUAAUCAGGGAGAGAGGUGGGCCAAGUACGCUAAUUCACAAGAUGUGGCCUGGACACCAGCCAGGUCAGCUGGUUGAAGCUCCUGGUAGCAACAGAUCCCUGGGAUCUUUUCCCCCAUUUUCCUCCUGUCCUCGUAGCCACGCGAGCUGACGCGGCGACGCAGGCGCGCUCCGCGCCUCCCUUCCUAUAUCGCAUGGCCAGGAAGCGAGAUGCCUAGAGCUGAUGUGUCACGUAGUACCUCUUUCUUUCUUUUGAAGAUGACAUGUGAACCUAGAUUUGUUUUCAGAUUUAGUGUGACUGUGCUAGUGACUAGUACUUGAUAGUGUCGUACAAUAAUUGGGCAGAAUUGAUUUGGGUGUAUAGGGUGCAAAAGCUGCAUUCUUCGAGUGAACAGUCAAAAUCACAUGAAA